CAGCAGCAGCAGGCGGCCCCGCGUGCGCAGCAGCGGCGAAGGGCCCAGCAGCAGCAGCAGCAGCAGCAGCAGCAGCAGCAGCAACAGCAGCAGAAGCAAGCCUCAGCCGCAGCGACUUCGAAUGUGAUGUUCCUGGGGUCCGAUUUGACCAAAGAGACAGAGCCUGGCUGGCCACUUGGCAUGAUGGAAGGCGCCACGUGAAGCGCUGCUUCGGAGUGAAGAAAUAUGGAUUUUAUAGAGCGAAGUAUUUGGCAAGAGCAACAAAAGUGCUUUUUAUUAAAAGUUUGGGGGACCGCCGCAGCAGCAGCAGCAGCAGCAGCAGCAGCGGGGGGGGCGGCAGUGCAAGCGGCGCUGCAGGAGGCGCCGGCAAAGCUGCGCUGCAGGCUCUGCAGCCAGCUGCAGCAGCAGACGCAGACGCAGCAGCAGCAGCUGCUGCUGCUGCUGCCGGGCUGCUCGAGCAGGAGGCGCAGCAGCAGCAGCAGCAACGGAGGCAGCAGCAGACGGCUGCUGGGAUGCGCCUCAGAGACAGUGCAGCAGAGAAAGAAAAGGACCACCAACAGCAGCAGCAGCAGCAGCAGCAGCAGCGCUUGCUGCUGCUGCAGCAGCAGCAAAUGUGGGCCUCCCCAGAGCUUCUGAGAGCAGCAGCAGGCCUCAUGCUGCCUUCCCCCCCGCGGACUCCCUUGUCAGCGGACGCGAGCUGCUGCAGCAGCAGCAGCAGCAGCAAGGGCGCAGCAGCAGCAGACGCUGCACCAGAUGCGGCCUCCUGCGCAACAGAAACUGCAGCAGCAGCAGCAGCAGCAGCAGCAGAGCCCGAGCUGUCUUCGAAUGAGCUCGAAGCAGCGCCGGCGCGGCGGAGCGUUUGCUGGCGCGCUGCUGCUGCUGCUGCUGCUUCUGCGGACGCCGCAGCAGCCCCCACCACCGCAGCAGCAGCAGCAGCAGCAGCAGCAAAAGGUGCUGCUGCUGAAGACGGCUACUUGCGGCUGCUGGACUUAAUGGACAAAGUCAAAUGGGACACUCUUAGUGCUGAAGAAGCAGCAGGACUUAUCAACGAAAUCCCCAGAGUUCGGGGGGUUUGCUUCGACCGCAAGGGUUUGUACUGGAUCAGUCAGUGGCACGCGCGGCAGAAGAAACACCGCGAGUGGUUUCCAGUCAAACGAUUAGGGUUUAGGAGGGCCUGGAGGUUGGCGGUUUGCAUCCGCAGAGACGCGGAAAAGGUGGAAGAAGAACCCACCAACUACCCCUUCAUCCCCGAGCUGGAGGAGGUGUUGGGUGUGACAUACCAGCGGAACGAGCACGGGCGGUGCUGGGUGGCUUAUUACCUGGAGUCAGUGGGUUGUUCCAGCAGCAGCAGCAGCAGCAGCAGCAGCAGCAGCAGCAGCAGCAGGUACCGCGUGGGCAUUCGCCACUUUCCCGUGGGCGAAGACGGCUUCGAAGCAGCAAGACAAAAAGCUGUUUCUCUUGUCC